AUGCAGAUCAAAGUCCGUACCCUCACGGGCAAAGAGAUCGAACUCGACAUCGAACCUGACUACAAGGUUCAGAAGAUCAAGGAGCGCGUUGAGGAGAAGGAGGGCAUUCCACCCGUGCAGCAGCGUUUGAUCUUCGGCGGGAAGCAGAUGAAUGACGACAAGACAGCAGAAGAAUACGGUCUCGAGGGCGGCGCUACGUUACAUUUGGUUCUUGCCCUGCGUGGAGGCUGUUCUGUGCAGAAAGAGUCGAGCUUGCGUCGAAGGAGCUGA